GUCUAUUCAUUGAUUGGAGGGAUGAACUGCCAUUAAUGUACGUAACGUAAUCUUACGUCACACGUAAGGUCAAGAGGAAAGAAGCAUGGCCGCUGUGUUGAGAAGUUCUCGGUACCUAGUUGGAAGGUCUUGCAAGCAUGUUGACUUUGCAUUCGUCUCCACAAGGUCUAUGGCCUCAAAGACACAGGUCGGGUUUGUUGGUCUGGGCAAUAUGGGAAACCCAAUGGCAAAGAACUUGCUGAAGCACGGAUACCCAGUCAUUGCUACAGAUGUGUUCCCGGAGUCCUGCAAGGAAGUGCAAGAGCUGGGUGCUCAGAUUGUGGAUAAUCCUGCUGAGGUAGCGGACAAGGCUGACCGCAUUAUCACCAUGCUCCCCUCUAGUCCCAAUGUCAUAGACGUGUACACUGGACCAAAUGGCAUUCUCAAAAAGGUGAAGAAGGGCUCCCUACUCAUUGACUCCAGUACCAUUGACCCAGCUGUUUCAAAAGAGAUGGCUGCUGCUGCUGAGAAGAUGGGAGCAGUUUUUAUGGAUGCACCUGUAUCAGGAGGUGUGGGUGCUGCCAGUUCGGGUAAACUGACUUUUAUGGUUGGAGGAGCCGAGGAGGAAUUUACUGCAGCCAAAGAACUUCUCAGUUGCAUGGGAGCUAAUGUGGUGUACUGCGGUCAAGUUGGAACUGGACAGGCUGCUAAAAUCUGUAACAACAUGCUUCUAGCCAUUGGAAUGAUAGGGACUUCAGAGACAAUGAAUUUGGGAAUCAGGCUUGGUCUUGAUCCUAAACUGUUGGCCAAGAUCCUGAACAUGAGUUCAGGUCGAUGUUGGUCCAGUGACACUUACAACCCUGUGCCUGGUGUCAUGGAGGGAGUCCCGUCUGGGAAUAACUACCAAGGAGGCUUUGGCACCCAGCUGAUGGCUAAGGAUCUAGGCCUCGCACAGAACACAGCCACCAACACAAAGACUCCUGUUCCCCUCGGCUCCUUAGCCCAUCAGAUGUACCGUAUGAUGUGCGCACGUGGUUAUGCCAAUAAAGAUUUCUCCUCCGUAUUCCAGUUUCUGCGUGAUGAGGAAGGCCAGUAAUGUCAGCCUCCACCCCGUCCACAGCCUUGCCAGGCCAGGCGCUUCACAGGACUAACAUAGUGUACUUGGUGCGCAUUUUGCCCCAAGGACCUUUUUUUUUUUUUUUUCACUUCUCUCUUCAAAGUUGUGAAAGGCAUGAUUCCUACAGAGUUCCAACACAAAGUGACAGAUCAUGUGUGCACUUCUCACCUUUAGGAAAUC